GGAGCUCUUCGUCCUAAAACGUUCUCAAGGCUAUCACAAGAAAUCGGGAAAAUCUUUAUUGAAACACAAGCUGGAAAUACGAUCACUUUGGAAGGUUCGAAUUCCUUAGACACCAUAGAGCAAGUAAAAUCGAGAAUUCAUGUGAUGAAAGGAAUCCCACCAGAACAGCAACGUCUCAUCUUUUAUGGUAAACAACUGGAAGAUAACCGUACUUUAGGUGACUACAAUGUUACGAAAGGAGCGCGUUUGCACUUGAAGUCAAGACUUCGUGGUGGCAUGCUUAUCUAUGUUAAGACUCUUACUGGUGAGACUAUCACUUUAGAAGUAGAACCAUCAGAUUCGAUCGAGAAUGUGAAAACAAAAAUUCACGACAGAGAAGGAAUCCCACCGGAUCAGCAACGUCUCAUCUGUGCUGGUAAACAACUGGAAGAUGGCCGUACUUUGAGUGACUACAAUAUUCAGAGAGAAUCUACUUUGCACACGGUUUUAAGACUUCGUGGUGGUAUGCAAAUCUUUGUUAAGACUCUUACUGGUAAGAUUAUCACUUUAGAAGUGGAACCAGCGGAUUCGAUCGAGACUGUGAAAAUGAAAGUUCAAGACAAAGAGGGUAUUCCACCAAGCCAACAAUAUCUGUUCUUUAGACGACAAGAACUUCAAGACCACAAAACGCUAGGUUGUUACAAUGUUCAAACGGAAUCAACCUUGCAUUUGCGACUAGAGGACGAACUUGGUAAAAUACUUAUUCAAGUGGAGUUUCCCAAAGGAAGAAAAAUUUAUUUUGAUGUUUUACCAAGCGAUGACUUUAAAAGCGUGAAAAGAAUAAUAUAUGAUAGAGAAGGGAUUCCAAUCGAUCAACAACGCCUCAGCCUUGUUGGCAAAGAAAUUAAAGUCGACCACCGUCCUUUGAGUGAGUAUGACAAUCAGAUUGAAUUAGCCUUGCGACUGGAUGUGAAACAACAGAAUGAAGGUUUCCUACUUCAUUUGAAGACACAAUCUGGAAAAACAAAGAUCACAAUGGAAGCAGUGUCUGGAGAUACCGUCCAAGAUGUGAAAAGGAAAACAAUGGAAGAGAUAGGAAUACCGGCAAAUCAGCUACAACUCAUGUUUGACGACCGGGAACUCGAGGAUGAACAACGCACUUUGAAAAGCUACCACAUCACUAGCGACUCAACCAUUGAACUGCUAAUCAGAAGAACACAAGGCAACGCUAUGCACAUUUACGUGAAAAUGCAGAAUGGUAUAAGAGUUGUAGUUGAUGUAUCACCGGAGGAUACCAUCACAGAUUUAAAAGAGAAAUUAAAAGAAAUGAUAGGAACUCCAGUCAACAAGCAGUUGAUCACUUUCG